AUGGAGAAGUUGAAGAAAUACGUAUCAGUGAAAGAUGAAGAUCAGUUUUAUCAUCAGGGAGCUGUGGAGUUGCUAGUCUUUAACUUUCUGCUCAUUCUUACAAUAUUAACAAUUUGGUUGUUUAAAAACCAUCGAUUCCGCUUUCUGCAUGAAACUGGAGGAGCUAUGCUUUAUGGCCUUGUAAUGGGAUUAAUUAUACGAUAUGCAACAAAAGCAUCAGAUGUUGAAAGUGGAACUGUUUAUGAAUGUGACAAGCUGAAAUCUGGGCCAUCCACUCUACUUAUUAAUAUAACUAAUCAGGUCUAUGAAUAUCAAUACAAAAGAGAGAUCAGCCACCACAAUGUCAAUGGUCACCAGGGCAAUGCAAUGCUUCAAAAGAUGACAUUUGAUCCUUCCAUCUUCUUCAAUAUUUUGCUGCCACCUAUUAUAUUUCAUGCUGGAUAUAGUUUAAAGAAGAGACAUUUUUUUCGUAACUUAGGAUCGAUUUUAACCUACGCCUUUUUGGGAACUGCCAUCUCCUGCAUUGUCAUAGGGUUGAUAAUGUAUGGUUUUGUGAAGGCCAUGGUACACAUUGGCCAGUUAAAAGGAUGGGAAUUCCACUUCACUGACUGUUUAUUUUUUGGAUCGCUGAUGUCUGCCACAGAUCCAGUGACAGUCCUUGCUAUUUUCCAUGAGCUGCAUGUGGAUACAGAUUUGUACACAUUCCUGUUUGGAGAGAGUGUCCUAAAUGAUGCUGUGGCUAUCGUGCUGACAUACUCUAUAUCCAUUUACAGUCCUAAGGAGAAUCCUAAUGCGUUUGAUGCUGCUGCAUUCUUCCAGUCAGUGGGAAAUUUCCUGGGGAUCUUUGCUGGAUCAUUUGCCAUGGGGUCCUCUUAUGCUGUUGUCACAGCUUUAUUGACAAAAUUUACAAAGCUGUGUGAGUUUCCUAUGUUGGAGACAGGUCUCUUUUUCCUCCUAUCCUGGAGUGCCUUCUUAUCAGCAGAAGCUGCUGGUCUUACAGGUAUUGUUGCAGUCCUUUUCUGUGGAGUCACACAGGCCCAUUAUACCUACAACAAUCUGUCACCAGAUUCCAAAAUGAGAACUAAACAGUUGUUCGAGUUCAUGAAUUUUUUGGCUGAGAAUGUCAUCUUCUGUUACAUGGGACUUGCACUAUUCACGUUUCAAAAUCAUAUCUUCAAUCCUCUUUUUAUAUUUGGUGCAUUUGUGGCAGUUUUUGUAGCAAGAGCUUGCAACAUAUACCCACUUUCUUUCCUUUUGAAUUUGGGUCGAAAACAAAAGAUUCCCAGGAACUUUCAGCACAUGAUGAUGUUUUCAGGUUUACGUGGUGCAAUAGCAUUUGCAUUGGCUAUUCGAGACACAGAAUCCCAGCCCAAACAAAUGAUGUUUACAACAGCACUGCUUAUUGUGUUUUUCACAGUCUGGGUAUUUGGUGGGGGCACAACACCAAUGCUCGCGUGGCUUCAGAUCAGAGUUGGCAUAGAUCCAGAUGAAGAUCUGAAAGCAGAAGCUGCAAGCCAGAGUGUAUCUAACUUGGAUAAAAACACAACCAAAGCCGAGAGUGCAUGGCUGUUCAGAAUAUGGUAUGGCUUUGACCAUAAAUACCUAAAACCUAUCUUAACCCAUGCCGGUCCACCUCUCACAACAACAUUACCUGAAUGGUGUAAUCCUGUUGCCAGGCUUCUGACCAGCCCCAGUGCAUAUGGCGAUCAACUGAAGGAUGAUGACACAGAUCACAUCAUAAAUAAUGAUGAAUUGACUGAAAACUAUGAAUCAUCUGCUCACAUACCAGUGCCAGCGCAGGACAGAACAGGCUCCACCCAGGCUACAGGCAAGGAAGAUAUUCAUGAAGGAGACCUAGGAUUAGGAGGGUACAAACUCCAGCUUGAACACACUGCAGGUCAACCCCAGAUGAAUUCAUUGGCGUGAACAGUGUAAUGUUAAU